UGUUAAAGGACUAAAACACAGGGGUCUUGAGGCAGCUUUAGUGGUGAUGCUGGCAGGGGGUGGUCAUAAAGCUUCAAGAGGUGGUCUUCUCUAUUAACUGAGGAUCUGUGCAAAUAAGGAAGUGGAACCCGCGGAACCUGUGAACGCCGGUUGUCAAGCACAGUGGUGGGCUGAUCGGAGGUCUCUGACCCCCUCAUUUCAAAUUCUCGGAAGAAAAGAGAAGCGCUUAAGAGACACGAGAGAAAAAGGAAGGUGGCAGCGAGGGACCAGUGAGCUAUUUGUCUCUUUAUUCCCUUCAUUCACAAAAUCAUUGCAUCCCAUUAUCACAGCGAUGUAGAGGCAUUUUCUCGGAUAGGAGGAGGAAGGGUCCCAUUGACUGCCAAGGCUUAGCACCUCUUUCCAAACGCUAACCCUUUUCAUCGCAGUCCCCCUCUCAUAUCUCGCUUCAGUCCUUACGCUUGCUGUUUUUCUCUGUUCUCUCUUUUCCUGUCCCUUGUGUUCUUGUUCCUUUUCACACGAGUCAGAAAUCAGAGACAUUGCGUUUUGGUUGAAGUGGGUGUUUCUGUCGUGUUUGGUGCUUCUACAAAGGACAGCUGCGCAAGGAGUGUGAGAAACAGCUUUGGAGAUAAUAAAACAGCAGCCUGAAAGAAAAGGAGGGGGGACCUGGGACUCCAGGAACAAUUGACAACCAAUGGCAUGCAAACUGUGAUAAAAGAAAACCAGUUGCAAAGACUGAAAACCAUUGUAAGGUAGCUAUUCAUUGUGAACAUUACCACUUCUUGGGGGAAAAAGGAGGCAGUUUGCCAAACCAUCCCUGCUGGUUGGGAUCUGCUGUUCCUGUUGCUAAGCAAAGUGUCUAACCUGAAGUUCUUGGGAAAACAGUACUGAGCAUCACUCUAAAGCCAUGAAAGGAAGCUCAGAGGAAAGCAUUGAAAGCGCCAGGCCCUCCAACCUGCAAGCUUUUGCCAACAUAUCCACCCUACAUGGCAUGAGUCACAUAUUUGCCUAUGGGCACAUGACAUUCCGUCGAUUUCUUUGGACUCUUUCAUUCCUGGGUUCACUUGGCUUAUUAAUACUGGUUUGUGCAGAUCGGGUGUCAUAUUAUCUAGAAUAUCCUCAUGUCACCAAGCUGGAUGAAGUGGCAGCAACAAACCUUACCUUCCCAGCAGUUACCUUCUGUAAUCUCAAUGAGUUCCGCUUCUCCAGAAUCACCAAAAAUGACCUCUAUCAUGUGGGAGAGUUCCUUGCCCUCCUUAAUAAUAACUACCAAAUAGCCAAUCCUCACUUGGCUGAACCCGAGGUUCUGGCUGCUCUGAAGGAAAAGGCGAACUUCCAGAACUUCAAGCCCAAACUCUUCGACAUGACUGAUUUCUAUAACCGAACAGGUCAUGACAUCAGUGACAUGCUACUGCAGUGCACCUUUCGAGGAGAGGAUUGCUACCCGGUGAAUUUCACCACAAUUUACACACGCUAUGGGAAAUGCUACACUUUUAACUCGGGAUUGGACGGCAACCCUUUGUUGACCACGCUAAAAGGUGGCACAGGAAAUGGUUUGGAAAUCAUGCUGGAUAUCCAACAGGAUGAAUACCUGCCUGUCUGGGGAGAGACAGAUGAGACCUCCUACGAAGCAGGAAUCAAGGUUCAGAUCCACAGCCAGGACGAGCCGCCCUUCAUUGACCAGCUGGGAUUUGGUGUGGCCCCUGGUUUUCAAACUUUUGUGUCAUGUCAGCAGCAACUGCUUCAGUACCUCCCACCGCCCUGGGGAGAUUGCAAGUCCACUCCAAUGGACUCCGAGUACUUCUCCACAUACAGUAUCACUGCAUGCCGCAUUGACUGUGAAACCCGGUACCUGCUGGAUAACUGCAACUGCAGGAUGGUUCACAUGCCGGGAACAUCAACAGUUUGCACGCCUGAGCAGUACAAAGACUGUGCUGACCCAGCUUUAGACUUUUUGGUAGAGAAAGACAACGAUUACUGUGUCUGUCAGACACCCUGCAACAUGACUCGUUAUGGCAAGGAGCUGUCCAUGGUUAAGAUCCCCAGUAAGGCAUCUGCUAAAUAUCUGGCUAAGAAAUUCAACAAAACUGAGCAGUAUAUUGGAGAUAAUAUACUGGUGUUGGACAUCUUCUUUGAAGCUCUGAAUUAUGAGAAAAUUGAGCAGAAGAAGGCCUAUGAAAUUGCAGGGCUUCUCGGUGACAUUGGAGGUCAGAUGGGGCUAUUUAUUGGAGCUAGUGUUCUAACAAUACUGGAAAUAUUUGACUAUCUGUAUGAGGUGUUCAAGGAUAAGGUUCUGGGUUACUUCAUGCGCAAGAAACGACCACAACGUUGUCAGAGUGACAAUCUGGAGUUUCCAGAGAACCCAACCAGCCCUGGUGUCACGCCUAAUCAUGUCCCCAGAGCACCUGUGAUACCCUCCGGAGUCACUCGGACAGUCUCGGAUUCACGCCGAACAUGUUACCUCGUCACCCGACUUUAGGCAACUUUGAGGAGUUUGCUUGUUGACAACAUAAAGUAGGGCUUGGAGCACAUCUGGAGACUUGACAGCAAACUGUGAAAUAAUUUGUGUAUUUAACAGGAACAGGUUGAGUGUAGGCUCAAAAAUAGUACAGUUUAACAGUGCUUGAAUAGAAAUAGAAUACUAUCAUCAGAAAAAAAUGGAAAAAAAAGAGACCACUUCCAAAACAGAACUCAGGUUUAACUGCCAUGACAAGGGCAUCGGUGUUCAUUUUUAUUUUGGUUGGUUUUUAUCAUCUAGUUACUUCAUAGUAUACAAUCAAUGAAGGUAAAAAGGGGUUCAGAACUGUGUUGUGUUUCAUGGUCCCGCUGUGCUAGUAUCCCUGUUCAUUAAUAAUGAAAUAAAAGAUAUGAAUUGGUAUGUGUAGCAGUGUUAAUUAAAAGUGUUAUGCUUCCAGCAUCAUGCUGUGCUGAGUGACCUUAUAUAACAGCACUGGUUUUAUAUCUGCUCCACUUUAAGAGCUUUUUGUUGGUAUAAAAAGCUACUCAGACCUGAAUCAAAAUACUAGACGUAUGGUUAAUAUUGCCUCUUGCUACAGUGAGGCUGUGAGUUGUCUCAACAAUUAGACGACUGUCCUUAUUUUGAGGUUAAAAACAGAACAAUGAUGUUUUUCAUUUGUACAUUUGCAAGUAUUGCGUUUUGUUUCACAUGGAUCCUUGGAUGACUCAGACUGGCAGUGGAUAUUUUUGAUGACUUUAGUCAUUUUUUACACACAGUGCAGACAGAAAAGAAAACCAAGAAGCAAAAAAGGCAGUUGAUUGUAUCUUUAUAUAGCUGACAUUUCAGUUUUUUUUUCAACAUUUCCCAUUUUUGGGACACAUUUCAAAUUUAUUUGCCCAUUUAAUGGGCAUUGUUCCCAGAUAUAACUUCAGAUGAUAUAGAAUAUACUCUUCUCCACCUCCCAGGAGGCUCGAUCAGGUGUCAUCAUCCAUUGAUAAAUGCAUUGAUAAUAAUGCUCAUACUGCAUGAUCACAGGGAUGACCUCAUUAUCUUUUGUGAUCAAGUGCAACUAAAAUGUUUACUGUUGUCACUGUAUAAGUGGUUCCAACCCAAAGCCUAAUAAUUUUUUUUCUUUUGGCUUACACAUAAGCAGCAUCUUAAGAUGGAAAUGGAGAAACUAAAGUUGAAAGUUAGGUGAAAAUCUUACAGCUGUUUUUAUACACUGUUGCUAAACUAUAUAGAAAUGUCUGGGCGCCACCACAGACCCACUGUUUUCUAAAAAGUGGAUUACAAAAUCAGUCCCUUUUUUUCUAUUUUUUUUUUUUAUAAAAAUCUGUAAUCUCUUUUUUUUUUUUUUUUUUUUUGGUGUUGUUUUUGUAACUUGGCUGUAGGGGACCUCAUGAAAACCGUGGGUUAAACAAAAGUUAAACAAAGAUAAAUAAAAGGUUAUGCAUUUGCUAUCAGUCCCCUAAAUAAUAAUCUACCAAUUACCUUCAGAAGUCACAUAAUAUGAUAAUAAGACUAACAAUAACUUUGAAGAAGCUAGAAAGCACCACAACAGGCUGGUAUAUGUGACUGCAGGACCA